AUGCACCGCGUGGUAAUCACCGGAAUGGGCGCGAUCACGCCGUUCGGUGUCUCAGUGAAUGCGUUGCGAAACGGUUUGAACGAAAGGAGGACGGCACUGAAAUACGACGAGACACUCAGGUUCGUGGUAAGUGUGAUCUAUCGAACUGUUGUUGUUCUAUUCGGAUCUCAGGUGGGGGCAAUAUCCGGAGAGCAAGUGGAGAAGCGAUGGACCGCCGGACAGCAGAGGGAAAUGAGCAGGGCCAGUAUGCUGGCGUUGGCGACUGCAGAAGAGGUGACACGGGACUAAAAAGGGAAGACUGAAACUCUUGCAGGCGUUGACGCAAGCGAACGCAGUCGAUUUGGAGCACGAGGAGACGGCGGUGAACAUCGGAACGUGCAUGUCCGACCUGCAGCACAUCGGAGAGACCGCGCAGAAAGUGGCCGAAGGACAGACUCGCAAAGUGUCUCCCUACUUCGUUCCACGCAUUCUCAACAAUCUGCCGGCCGGAUACGUUGCCAUGAAGUUCUCAAAAUCCAUUCAAAUUUUAAAUCAUCGUUCUUUUGCCCCUUUGCAGAUUCAAAAUGCGCGGCGGCGUUGAAGCGACCUCGACGGCAUGUGCCACGGGAUUGCACUGCAUCGGCAACGCGUUCCGUUCAAUUCGCUACGGCGAUGCUCGCCGAGCAGUCGCCGGAGCCGUCGAGUGUGCUCUAAAUCCUAUCGCGCUCGCUGGAUUCGAUCGGAUGAGAGCGUUGGCGAGAGGAGAGAAUCCGAGCGUGAGCCGGCCAUUCGACAAGAAACGGGCUGGAUUCGUUCUGAGCGAGGGGGCGGGAAUUGUCUUCAUGGAGCGGCUCGAAGACGCGAAAGCUCGUGGCGCACCGAUUCUGGCGGAAGUGCUCGGGUACGGAAUCUCGUCGGAUUGCUAUCACAUCUCAACUCCGGAUCCGUCCGCCAUCGGGGCCGUUCUCUCGAUGAAAAGAGCAAUUGCUGAUGCGAAAUCAUUAGGAGCUGAGGAUAUUGGGUACACCAAAGAGUAUUGUAUUUGGCAAUGAUCCGUUUCUUUCAGCUAUGUCAACGCCCACGCGACUUCCACUCCGAACGGAGACAGCGUUGAGGCGGAAGCCGUCCGGAAGGUGUUCGCCGGUCUAAACGUGGCAGUGAGCAGUGUGAAGGGACACAUCGGACACCUGCUCGGAGCCGCCGGAUCAGUGGAAGCGAUCGCGACAAUCAGUUCGAUGAACGACGGUUUUAUGCCAGCAAAUUUAAAUUUGGAAGAGAGCGAAGAGGACCGCGAUUUGAAUCUACUGCGUGAAAACGAGAAAUGGACGGUAGAGCGGAAGAGAAGAGUUUCAAUCUGCAAUUCGUUCGGAUUCGGAGCCACCAAUGCUAGUCUCAUUGUCAAAUCGUGUUAG